AGCUGUCAAACUGGUGCCCGGCGGGGCACGUGUUUGUUGUUGAUGUUUACGAAGCCGCGGAAGCAGUUCACCGAUACCAACCCUUUUUUACUCGUGUUUUGCUGUAAUUAAAAUCAUGUUUGAUGUUGAUCUUCAAAGUUCGGACGAAGAGUCGCCCGUUCCGGAUGCGAAUUCGUGCGAAGAUCAGGAGUUGAUUCAACUGUUUCAGCAGCAAAUAUCGCCCGCAUCGGAAACGGCCGCCUCGUUAAAGCGCACCUGUGGAUUACACAUCGCCCAAUCAUGCGAUUACGACAAAAUUGCCGUCGGCCUGUCGCGCUGCGAGCUGCAGCUGUUUCGAGUGCGCGAGGGCGGGCAACUUGCAGUGGAAAGCAGAACGCUCGGACGGUACGAUAGUGGCAUCCGUGGCGUGCGGUUCUUUAACGGCGAUCCGAACAGCCUGCUGUGCUGCACCCAAGAUGGCAGUGUUUUCCUAUACGAUGUACGGACCAGUGAUAAGGUGUUUAGGUAUGAAGAUACCUCCGAAGGCGCCAAAAAAACCAUGACCUCGUGUGACAUCAACCAGAACGAUCGGGUGCUGUGCGCGUCCAGCGAGGUGCAGAAGACGGGCGACAGUUUUCUCCUGUUUUUCGACGUGCGCGAGCGAAACUAUCUCGGCUGCUACUGGGAGUGCCACAGCGAUGACAUAACGCACGUGCGGUUUCAUCCCACCAAUCCGGAUCUGUUCGCCAGCGCCAGCGUGGACGGGCUGAUCAACGUGUUCGACAUAUCGAAGCUGACCGAAGACGACGCAAUGCAGUACUGCUUCAACGUGGAAACGGCCGUCGAUUCGAUCAACUGGCACGCGGAUCCGACCGGGCGCGAUCUGGUGUCGUGCGUAACGACCACCAACGAUCUGCAUCUGUACGACGUGGAAAGCCAGGACAGUGUGGCGUUGUUCGAUCGUGCGCAGAUAACGAAAUCGUUGCGCCGCACGUCGGCAAUCGAUUGCAAUGUGGUCGGUACGCACAACUACGGCAAUGGGAGCUUUUUCGUGCUGGCGGGGUCCAAUUUUAACCGAGGUAAGGAUUGCUUACGCACGCUCAGGUACGACAACAAAACCUUGCUUCCUGAUCGAUCGUUCGGCGGCAACAAGCAGAUAGUACGCGCCAGUGUGUACAACGAAAAGGACCAGUAUCUGAUUGCAACGGGCGAAUGUGGUUUGAUUACGCUCUGGAAGUGCCGAACGGAUGGGUCGGAACAGACGGGCGUCAAUGGGGCGAGCAAAAGUCUGAAGCAAAAGCUGCACGUUAGUCACCGCGCGAAGCCGUAUUGAUCGUG